CAGCCAUGGCUCGUGGUCCCAAGAAACAUCUGAAGCGUGUAGCAGCUCCAAAGCAUUGGAUGCUGGAUAAACUAACCGGCGUGUUUGUGCCUCGUCCAUCCACUGGCCCUCAUAAACUGAGGGAAUGUCUGCCUCUGAUCAUUUUCCUGAGGAACAGGCUUAAGUAUGCCCUGACUGACGAUGAAGUGAAAAAGAUCUGCAUGCAGCGCUUCAUUAAGAUUGAUGGCAAAGUCAGGACCGAUAUAACCUACCCUGCUGGGUUUAUGGAUGUCAUCAGCAUUGACAAGACUGGAGAGAACUUCCCUCUGAUCUAUGACACCAAGGGUCGCUUUGCCGUUCAUCGUAUUACACCUGAGGAGGCCAAGUACAAGUUGUGCAAAGUGAGAAAGAUCUUUGUGGGCACAAAAGUGAUCUCCCGCUACACAAAAGGAAUUCCACAUCUGGUGACCCAUGAUGCUCGCACUAUUCGCUACCCUGAUCCCCUCAUCAAGGUGAAUGACACCAUUCAGAUUGAUUUGGAUACGGGCAAAAUAACCGACUUCAUCAAGUUUGACACUGGUAACCUGUGUAUGGUGACUGGGGGUGCUAACUUGGGAAGAAUUGGUGUGAUCACUGGCUCUUUUGAUGUGAUCCAUGUGAAAGAUGCCAAUGGCAACAGCUUUGCCAUCCAACUUUCCAACAUUUUUGUUAUUGGCAAGGGCAACAAACCAUGGAUUUCUUUUCCCCGAGGAAAAGGAAUCCGCCUCACAAUUGCUGAAGAGAGAGACAAGAGGCUAGCGGCCAAACAGAGCAGUGGGUGAAACGGUCUCUAAGAGACAUGCUGGAGACUUAUUUGUACUCU